GCGUCCAUAAAAAUGCAGAUUCGGGACGAUGACAUGAAGAAUCUAUACGAAGCAUCAAUAAAAGGUGAUACAUCUAUUCUAAACAUUUUACUCCAAAAAGAUCCACUCAUUCUCGACAGAAUUUCACUCUCCCCCUUCACUGAAUCUCCUCUCCACAUAUCAUCCUUGCUCGGCCAUGCAGAUUUCACCAAAUCUCUUCUCAACAAGAAACCCAAACUCGCCGCUGAGUUAGACUCUCAAGGACUAUCUCCUCUUCAUAUGGCCUCGGCUGAGGGAAAUUCGGAGAUUGUCAAUGUCUUGUUGAACAUUAACGCUAAUGUUUGUUCGGUUGCUGAUCAGAAUGGAAGAGUUCCUAUUCAUUUAGCGGCGAUGAGAGGACGAACGGAGGUCAUGCAGCAGUUGAUCAGUGCUUGUCCUGAGUCAGCUCGGGCAAAAACGAACGGUGGCGAUACAGUUUUGCAUUUGUGUGUUAAGUAUAGCCAUCUGGAAUCGUUGAAAUUGUUGGUGGCGUUUUUUAGUGAAGAUGGCGAUGGUGAUGGAGAAAUUCUCAACUCUACGGAUAAUGAUGGGAACAGUGUCUUGCAUUUGGCUGUGAUUAUGAAACAAGUUGAGACAAUCAAGUACUUGGUCUCAAUACCUGAAAUAAAAGUGGAAGCUAGUGCAUUAUCUUCAAUCUUCACAGAAUUAUACCCAACAAAUCUCAAAAACUACCCGUCAGGACAAAACUCAGAAAAUGGAGAAGACUGGUUGGAAAAGACAAGAGGAAAUCUUAUGGUUGUAGCAACUGUAAUAGCAGGAAUGGCAUUCCAAGCAGCAAUAAAUCCACCAGGCGGAGUAUGGGAAUCAGAUAACAAAGAAUGCUUCACAUCAGACGGAAUAAUCACAACAUGCAGAGCAUGAACUUCAAUAUUAGCGUAUACAGAUCAAACAAGACACCGUCAAUUUAUCCUGAAUAACACAAUAUCUUUUUCUUCAUCCAUAACGACAAUUGUUUUGCUUAUUAGCGGAAUUCCUCUGAAGAAAAAGGUUUACAUUUGGAUUUUGCUGAUGGGAAUGUGCGUAGGGUUGUUUUUCACGUCUGCUACUUAUUUAGUCACAGUUGCAGCCAUUAAAGCCCCCCGGUGAUGAAGUUGUUGAUCAUCGUAUUCAAACCUACUCAUGGUUUUGGGUUGUGUCGGUUGUUCUUAUUUCUGCAUUUUAUUCAUUUAAGUUCUUUGUUCAUUUCGUCAAGAAAAUAUUUGUUAGUUUAUUCCAUGGAAAAUUCUCUUUCUUUAGGACUGUAAGCAACAAACGCUCAGUGAUGGUCUGAGAAGAUUAGUACGAGCAAUUGAUGUAUUUUUUUCUUAUAUAAUGAAGCAACUAUGAUUCUUGA